AUGAAAACCCAACAAUCCCGAUGGGAACACUCCGUUGUAAAUCAUCACGACCAUGACGACGACCACAAUUUGACACUCUCUAACUGCAUUCCUCAUGAAAUUUGUUUUCAUAUCAUGACUUUUUUGGAUAUGGACACAUUGAUUCAUAAAUGUUUUUUAAUUUCCAAAUCAUGGAAUGUGAUGGCAAGAAAAAUUCCACUCUCGGUAUUGGAUAUGGGUAGCCCCAUUGAACAAGCACAUGAUCGAUUGAAAUUAUUAUCGAAUUGUCAACAAUUAAUGAAUAUUACUUUUAUGGAUUUGUCAAGAGGUCGAGAGAUUCAUGACAAGACAGAUGACAUUUUUAAAGAACUUGCCACUUGCACGACAUUACAAAAUUUAAAAGUAUUACAUGCAUGUGGUCACUUGUCAGAUAUUGGUUUGCAAGCAUUGGCUCAAAGUUCUUACAUGUCAAAUUUGAGAGAAUUACGAUUAUUAUUUGGAAAUGAUGGAAUUACUGAAUAUGGAAUUCAAAUAUUGUCAACAAGUCCCAUGAUGCGUCAUUUGAAAAUUCUUUAUCUUUGUGAUUCAAAAAUUAGUCCUCGAGGUGUACAACAUCUUGUACAGGCAAAUUUCAAAUUGACAGAAUUACAAUUACCUCAAAGUGACACUGAUGCAGUUGGUAGUGUUGGAAAUGGUGGUGCCAUUGCCAUUGGAAACAGUCCUCAGAUGAAUCAUUUAACCAUUCUAAAUUUGGAAAAUAAUGCUAUUGAAGAUGAAGGAGCGUUGAGUUUGAUUAGAAGUGAACACAUGAAAAAUUUGACGAGUUUGGAUUUAUCUUCAAAUUUAAAUCUUUCCAAAGCUGUUGCCAUGCUCAUUGCAUCAACAAUGAAACAUUUGACACAUUUAACAUUGGGGUAUACCAACAUUGGAGAAGAAGGAGCAAUUGCCAUUGUCACAAGUCCACACAUGUCCAAUUUGACUUUUCUUUCUUUGGAAGGUUUGCGUUUGGGAGAAGUAUUUGCUAUGAAAUUAGCUUCAAGUAGUUAUUGUUCUAAAUUGAAAGAAUUGCAUUUGUUUUACAAUUAUUUAGGAGAUUCAGGAGCACAACAUAUUGCUUCGAGUGAAUAUAUGAAAAAUCUCACCUCGUUAUAUUUGGGAAAUAAUAACAUUGGUGAUUCAGGAGCGAAAAGUAUUGCUUCGAGUGAAUAUAUGAAAAAUCUCACCAACUUGAGCUUGUGUUAUAAUCAUAUUUCUGAUGAUGGUGCCAUGUGUAUUUCUUCAAGUAUUUACAUGUCCAAUUUGAGAAUGUUAAAGAUGCCUAAUUUUCGAUUGACCUAUAAAUGA